AUGGUACACGAUUAUGUAAGAAUAAAUAAAAUUGAGUUGGAACAUGGGUUAUGUGUUGAAGAGUAUUACUCAAAAAGGUCAGGAUUAAGAAUAAUAUUAAAUAAAAUAAAUAGUCCGAAAAUAUAUGGAUAUUUUACAUUAUUGACAGAAGCAGAAAAUGAUGAAGGAUUACCACAUACAUUAGAACACUUAAUAUUUUUAGGAAGUAAUCUAUAUCCAUAUAAAGGUUUAUUAGAUGCUUUAGCAUAUAAAUGUUUAUCAGAAGGAACAAAUGCAUGGACCAGUAUUGAUCAUACAUGUUAUACAAUUGAAACUGUAGGUAUUGAAGGGUUUACUAAUAUUUUGCCAAUAUAUUUAGAUUUUAUUUUAAACCCAACACUUGAAGAUAAUAUGUUUUUAUCAGAAAUUCAUCAUUUUUCUGAAGAAGGUCAUAAUGGUGUUGUUUAUUCAGAAAUGAAAUCGAUUGAAAAUGAUUGUGAUAAUAUUGUAGAAAGAACAUUAUUAAAUAAUUUAUAUCCAAAUAAAAAAAGUGGAUAUCGAUUUGAAACUGGUGGUACUUUAGAUGGUUUGCGUAAAACAAAUAAUAAUAGAGUAAAAGAAUAUUUAAAAAAAUUUUAUAAAUUUAAUAAUUUUGCAUCUAUUAUUUUUGGAAAUUUUGAUAAUGAUACAAUCUUAAAUAUAAUUUAUGAAUUUGAAACAUAUCAUUUAAAUUUACAUCCUGAACAAGCAAGGCAAAAUGAUAAUUCUUUAAAUUUAGAAAAUAAAAAUUGUGAUAAAAAUAAUACUAAUAAAAUAAAUGAUAUAGAUAUAUUUCUUAGAGAUAUUCAAAAUAUAAAUAGACCAUGGAAUAAUAAAGAAAAUGUUGAAAAACAAAAUAAAUCAAAUAUUGUAAAAAAAUAUUAUCCAUGUAAUAAUUUGAAUAAUGGUCAAGUUAGUGUAGCAUGGAGAGGAUGUAAUUGGAAUGAUUUUAAAACAAAGCUAGCUCUUAAUUUGUUUGGAAAUUAUUUAACAGAUUUAACAACUUCCCCAAUUAGUAAAAAAUUAUUAGAAGAUAAAGAGAAUACAUUUUGUAGUAGUCUAGAUUUUUCUAUUGAAGAUUUGAAAGAGAAUUAUUUUGUGAUCGAUAUUUAUGAUGUUGUUCAUAAGUUUAAGGAAUGCAAACAUGAUGAAAAAAGAGACCAAGUUGAAACGGAUGGAAAUAACUCUAAAAUGGAAAUAGUAGGAGAAAUAACAAGGAAAUGUAUUAAAGAAGUAUAUGAUAAUCCGUUAAAUAUGAAUAGAUUAAAAAAUAUAAUAAUUAGAUCUUAUUUGCAACAUUUAAAAGAUUUAGAAACUAUUCCACAAUAUUUGCUAAUUGAAUUAAUUAUAAAAUAUUUUAUUUAUGGUAGAAAUGUAACAGAUUUAGAAAAUUCAUUGAAUCUGAAAAAUAUAUAUUUAGAAUUAUUGGAAGAACCAGAAUUAUAUUGGAAAAAUUUAAUACAAAUUUAUUUUUUAAAUAAUAAUUAUGUAGAAGUAAGAUGUUAUCCUAGUUAUAAAAAAGCAAAAGAAAUCGAACGUUUUGAAAAGGAAUUAAUAAAGAAAGAGCAAGACAAAUAUGGAAUAGAUAAGUUAAAUGAAAUGGUAAAACAAAUAAACGAAAUAAAAGAAGGUAUUAAAAAAAAGCCACCUCAAGAUGCUUUAAAUAUUGUAGAUUUUUCGAAAGCAAAAAAUGUAGUAAUUGAUGGGAUCACCGUAUUCAGAAAUUUUGAGUCCAUCCAAAGGGAAGGCAAACAAGGCGAACAAGGCGAAGCAGGACAAAGCGAAGCAGGACAAAGCGAAGCAGGACAAAAUGACGCCGGACAAAUUCUGAGCCAAAUUGAUGGGAGCAUGCAAAAAGUGGCAUUUCCGGUGCAGCUAAGUCAAAUAGAAUCCAAUUUUGUUUCUCUAAAUUUGUUAAUUAAUUGUAACAAUAUUGAUAAUGAAUUAAAAAAAUACUUGCCUUUAUUUAGCUAUUUAAUUUUUGAAACAGAUGUAGAAGUAAAUAAUGAAAUUAUAAAAUGUGAAAAUUUUUUAGAAGAAUUAAUAAAAUAUAGUAUUAGUUAUGAUAGUAAUUAUAGUUUAGGAGGGAAUGCAAAAGGGUUUAAAUCAGGAUGUUUAGGAAAUUUAUUAUGUAUUCAAAUUGUUGGGUUAGUAGAAAAUUAUGAAAAAUUAUUUGAUUUAUUAUUUUUAUCAAUAUUUAAAAUAAACUUAUCAUUAGAAAGAUUAGAAAUUAUUCUAAAAUCAGAAUAUCAGAAUCUGUUACAAAAAAAAACACAACCCAAAACUUUGAUUUUAAAUAUAGAAUAUUUUUUAAGAUAUUUACAAAAUAGUAAUGCUGGAAUUAUUUCUAUUGGGCAACAAGAAUUAAUUUUACAAACCAUAAAAGAUAAAAAUAAUUUAGAAGAUUUAUUAUCAAAAUUGAAUACAUUGAAAAAUCAAUUAUUUAAAAUAACCAAUUUUGUAUUAACUAUAGAUGCAAACUUUUUUAAAAUUGACAAUAUCUUCUCAUGGUAUAAUAAAUGGUUUACAGAUGUAGACAAGACACAAUCUCUCGCCAAUUUUGUAAAUCCCGCCAAUUUUGUAAAAUUCCCAUAUAUUGAUAUUUUUGACUUUGGAAAAAAUCAAGAAAGCCUUGCAAAAAAUUCGAGUUCGAAAUAUUUGGCUCCCCAAGCUCACCGCCCCAGUCUUUCCGAAUCGGCCAAGUCUGAAAAAGGUGAAAAAGGUGAAAAAGGUGGCGAAAAUGACAAAUUGGCCAACUUUGCCAAGUUUGAAAAAGGUAAGGGUGACGUGCGGGCAAGCUCGAAAAGCAAAAAAUAUGUCUCCCUCGGAACGUGCGUGCAUCAAAGUUUAUUCAAAUAUUUAAACAUAGAAUUUGAAAAAGAAAAUAAAGAUUAUAAAAAAAAUGUAGUAAAUGAUAAAGUAUACAAUGCAAUAAUGUGUGGAAUAAAAAGUACAGAUGUUUCAUAUUUAAAUUUAACAGUAAAAACAGAAUCAGGAUAUACAUCUGAUGAAUAUCCAUGUUUACUUAUUUUAAGAGAAUUUUUUUCAAUGACAGAAGGACCAUUAUAUAAUAUAAUUCGAGGAGGUGGAUAUGCUUAUGAAUGUGGGUUAAAUUAUAAUCCAAUAUUAGGUGAGCUAACAUUACGUAUCUAUAGAUCUAGUGAUAUUAUAAAUGCAUUAAUAGAAGCUUUAAAAAUAUUAGAAUAUUAUUGCCAAUAUGAAAUGAAAGAAAAUGAAUUACAUCUAGCCAAAAAUAGUGCUUACUAUACAAUAUUUAAUAAUCAGGAAAUUAGCUCAGAUAGAGCCUCACAAACUGUUUAUUUAAGUUUAAAAAAUUUAGAUUUAAAUUUUUAUGAACAUUUAUUGGUAGAUAUAGAAUCUGUUACAACUAGCCAACUUUUAAAAAUAUGUAAAAAAUAUAUCAGUAAAAUUGUUAAUUUUAAAAUAGAUAAAAAUAAUGCAAUUGAUGGAUCAACUUUAUCAAUUAUUACAUCAGAAGAAAAAGUAGAAUCAAUCAAAUCAAAUUUAAAAGAUAAAAUAAAUUUAGGAAUUAUUAAUAAAUUAUCUAUUUCACAACUUUUUCAUUUAUUACAAACUUAUGAUAUUAAUUCAGCUCUUCAUUAUUCUCCAAAUUUAUAUGACUCUAUAGACAAUCAAUUUAAAGAAAAUAUUCAAAGUGAUGAAAAUUAUUCAAAUUCAGAAAAUUGUUCUCAAUCAUCUUAUUCUUCUUCUCAAUCAGACUCCUCAUUUUGCUGUGAUGACGAUUCUUACCCCGGACAUUCUGAUGCAUAG